AUGGCGGUUCAAGCGGCCAUGAUCGCGGACACCAUCACCGCGAUGAAAAGGGCUCUUGAACGCCAGCGUUUAGGAGCUAUGGGUGUCGACGAUCCCAUCACGCAACCCACGAAUCGCGGAAAUAAGCUUCGGAUAAAUGCGGAAUAUGUUCACGAGGGAGCUCUUGGGUUCACGGACGGUGUGGCAUUUUAUAGAAAGAGGAUCAAUCAUGCCGGUUAUACGAGAGAUAUCGUGGAGCGCAAUCCGCCCAAAUAUGAUUCCGAGGGAGACGAAUUGGAUGAAGAAGACGCAGAGGAACAUGCUGAUCCGGAAAUGGCGGACGAAAAUCCGUUUGGGGACAUACACCUGGAAGAACUUCUCGCUCCUCUAAAACAUCCCUCCGAACUCGCGACACACCCUUCCAUGUCCCAUCCGUACACCUCCAAAACCCUCCAGAUGAUGGUGGACAACGCGAAUGCAAAGCUCCGACAGGAGCAGGACAUCCUCCAUAAGGCCAAGAGACUACAUAGGGAGCUACUAGGCGACGCCCCGUGGAUGCCUUGCGGCUUUUUGGAGACUAUGGACGAUAGAAAUAUAUUUGACCCCAAUUAUGGAUUCAAUAGCCGUUCUUCAUCGAAACAAAGGGAUGGGAGGGGUAGAUCGGGACGUUCUUCACGCGGAGGGUCUCCCGAGAACCAGGCUGCUCAAAUAGGGAAUAAUAUCUCGACUAGCUUACCGAAUCACGAUCCUGUGAAGUAUGCUGUCAAUGGCGUGUCGCCGGAGCAGCACAAUACUGAUCACGAUGUCGAGAUGGGUGAUGCCUCAGAGGAGCCGCUAGAAAACAAGGACAUAACGCAACCUGAGAAGAACGUUACGGCUGAGCCCAUCAAACCAAAUGGACAGGCUGUAUCUCCCCCAGAAUCUACAAAUGGGGACACCAUAUCAACGCACAUAGAUGCCAACAAGCAACCGUCGAAACCCACCACCAACGAAGAUCCUCUCAAAGCCAAGGAAGAGCCUAAAGAUGGCCUUCCUGUUGAUACGGUUGCGACUAACGGGGGCGACAUAAACGUGGACAAAGACGGCGACCGCACGGAAGAUGAAGCAAUUGCCGACGACAACGACAACGACGAAGGAAUCUCCUCCCCCGAACCCCCGCGCCGCAUGACCACCCGCGCCCGGGCAAACCAAGCCGCAAACCAAGCCACCACCCCAACCUUCUCAGACAUAGCCCGCUCCGGCACCCCAUCCUCCUCCACAGCCAAUAACCCCGACAACCUCAACGACCCCCUAACCAUGCACCCCAUCUUCCUCCUCCCGCCAACCCACCUCGACCGCAAUUGCGGCCUUCCCCCCAGCGAAGCAGAUGAGGUCCGCCGCAUGCUCUGGUCCUAUAUCCAGAAGCAGGAAGAGACGGUGCGCGCUUCGCAGCGCAUGUACCAUAUGUUGCUGAGCGCGUGUCGGAAGAAGGAGCUGGUGUGGGAGUGGUGUAAGGCUGAGGGCCAUGUGGGGGAGUUGAGCGAUGGGGAGGAUUGGUAUGACCGCCAGCAGUGGGGGUUGGGGGAUGGUGAAGAUUUGAGGAAAGGCGCCGAUGAGGAUGAGGUUGAUGGGGGAGGCGAGGAAGGGAGAGGGGGUGGAGGAGGGACGGGGACGGGGACCGCGAAGAGGGGCAGGGGCCGGAGGGCGUGA